UCUCAGCUCGCCUUGGUUAACCUUGGAAUCACCUGUCGUGUAUUGUCAUUCAUCUCCGAUUCGGGAAAGUUGGGAACGCGUGAAUCUCGCGUGAACGCUUUCGGGCGAACGGGACGAGGCAAGGCGGGCGAGAUACAAAAUUGUCAUGCCGCGUUCUCGCGACGCGAUGAGUAACGGGAAGUUGUGUAGCGUUUCGUGGUAGAGAGGCACCCGGCGCGUCUCGUUUCCGUUUCGCUCGACCCUCCGACCGUCGUCAAUAACCUCGCCCUCGCCGGUAACACCACCAUGGCCUGGCUCGGCACGAUCGCGAACAACGUGCUGCGGAACAUCGUCUUCUCGGACGCGCCGCCGAACGUGGUCCAGGAGGUGCGGCCGGAGCAGUACAGCGAUCGGCACAUACAUUCCCGCGAGGACGGCAUCGUUCUCUACGGGCCCGGCAAGAAUCAGGACAAAUAUGAGAUCGUCCUGCACAGGCCGUGCACGGAGACCUUGCAUCAGGCGUACAGUCUGUUUCGGUCGGAAACUCUAGAAGGUGUGGAGGUACGAUUCUCAAUAUAUAAAGACAAGGUUCCUGUACUUGUGCAGAUAGUGCGCGAGAUGUGCCAUGUUGGAAAAAUUCAAAAACUCUGCGACACUCUGGUGGAACACCCGACAUGGACUUUAGCACAUCUAGCGGCCUACUUCGCCCUUCACGAUGCGUUCAUGCACGCGAUCGUCAACAGCCAGCUCAACAGCGGCGACCUGGAGACCGGCAUCUCACCCCUGCAAGUUGCCGUGCAAACCAACAAUCUGCGCACCGUCGAGAUGCUGAUAGCGGCCAAGAGCUCGCUGGAGCAUCUGGAUCACAACGCGAACACCGUCUAUCAUUACGCGGCUACGUCCACCAAGGAGAUCAUUCUUGCUCUGGGCUCGGGUCUUCCAAACAGUUUGAACAGCCGUAACAGCAACGGCCACACCCCCAUGCACGUCGCGUGUCUGAACGACAGGCCCGAGUGCGUGAAGGCGCUCCUGCUGAUCGGCGCCGACGUGAACAUACCCGCUUCCGAGGGCCAGCCAACCAGCCCCGGCUACGUCGGCGACUUCCUGCACAACGCGAAGCCGAACGUGCUCCACGCGGAGGACAUGAAGUUCGGCGGCACGCCGUUGCACUGGUCGCGCAGCCGCGAGGUGAUCACGGCGCUGAUCGACACCAACUGCGACAUCGACGCGCUCAACUUCGACGGGCGCACCGCGCUGCAUGUGAUGGUGAUGCGCAAGCGGCUGCCCUGCGUGAUCGCCCUGCUGAGCCACAUGGCGUCCGUCAACAUCGUCGACAACGACGGCAACACGCCGCUGCAUUUCGCGGUCGAGGCGGAGACACCGGCCAUCGUGCAGGCGCUCAUCGGCUUCGGCGCGGACAUCGACGCGCGAAACUGGAAGGCGGAAACGCCCCGGCACAGGUCGAAUGUCGACACUACUGAAGGUAACAAGAUAAUUUACUUGUUGCACGCGGUGGGCGCGCAGAGGUGCCCGCCGGAGAUGACGGGCUGCCAUCUCGGCUGCAAGCACGAUGAGAACUACACCGGCAUCGCGCCGUCGGAACCGCCGCACUACGUGCCGCGCACGAUUCUCGAUCAGAUGCUACACGUGUCCGGCAUGGAGAAGAUGGCCGAGCCUGGAAACCGUAAACGGAUCAAGGGCGGCAGGUUGCUCUGUCUCGACGGCGGCGGUAUUCGGGGACUGGUGCUCAUGCAGACGCUGCUCGAGAUCGAAUCGGUGCUACAGAAGCCCGUGGUGCACUGCUUCGAUUGGAUCGCCGGCACGUCCACCGGCGGUAUCCUGGCGCUCGGCCUCGCCGCGGGUAAGUCCCUACGGGAGUGCCAGGCGCUCUACUUUCGCAUUAAGGAGAACGCCUUCGUGGGUUCGCGGCCGUACAACAGCGAGGGCCUGGAGAAGGUGCUGAAGGAGUGCCUCGGCGCCGACACCGUCAUGGCGGACAUUCAGAAACCGAAGAUAAUGAUCACGGGCGUGCUCGCCGAUCGCAAGCCCGUGGAUCUUCAUCUGUUCCGCAACUACGAGUCGCCUAGCGUGAUAUUGAAAUUACCGGAGAACCCGAUGUUCAAAUCGACGUUGUCGUCGCAGGAGCAAUUGCUUUGGAAAGCGGCGCGGGCCACCGGCGCGGCGCCGUCGUAUUUCCGCGCGUUCGGCCGUUUCCUGGACGGCGGUCUGAUCGCUAACAAUCCCACCCUGGACGCGAUGACGGAGAUCCACGAGUAUAAUCUGGCGCUGAAGGCUACCAACCGCGAGAGCGAGGUGAUACCACUGUCGCUGGUGGUCUCCCUCGGCACGGGUAUUAUACCGACCACGUGCAACCUGAACGAGAUCGACGUUUUCCGGCCGGACAGCAUCUGGAGUACUGCCAAGCUCGCGUUCGGUAUCUCGGCGCUGGGCACGCUGCUGGUCGAUCAGGCGACAGCCAGCGACGGCCGCGUGGUCGAUCGCGCCCGCACCUGGUGCUCCAUGAUCGGCGUGCCGUACUACAGAUUCAAUCCGCAGCUGUCGACGGAAGUCGCCAUGGACGAGAAGAACGACGAGAUACUGGUGAACAUGAUCUGGAGCGCGAAGGCGUUCAUGCACGCGAAUCGAGAUGUGAUGCAGGAAUUGGCGACCAUCAUCGGGCGCGACUCCAGUUUGGAGCAGGAUUAAGGAGAAGGACUGAAAGAGUACCAUUUAUCGUCGAAAACGAGUACCUGAUUGCGGAAAUCACGUCGCGCGCACGUAUACACACACAUUCACCCUCGGUAAUUAUAUCGACGAUUUUACCGCUGGCUCGGUUAAUGAUUACACGUGUAAUUAUGUGCUUAGCAAUUAUCUCGUUACGUAGCGUGUAUUAUAUAGUUACUUCUUCACCGCUACUUGCCGAUGUCUCGACAAAUGUGAUAUUAGGUUGCCUUGUCCCUCCUUUCCCUCCGCAGCUGCUCAUAUUCUAGACAAUGUGAUUUGUACGAGACGCUUUCGUCUUUUCCUCUUUUCAUGAUUUUACCUUAUUGUCAGUAGUGAUUCAAUUUUUUUCUCCUAGUCACUCGUGAAAAUCUUGUGGGGUAAUACACGUAGGUUAAUAUACAUAUAUAAUUUUUUUUUACACAAUUUAUUAAUCUGCUCGUAAGUUCUGUGUUUUAAAAACAUUUUCUCUCGUUCUUUGCAAAUAGUCUCGAAGAAUUUAAACAUUGAACACGUUGAACUGUAACUCAAGAAUACUUAGAUAAUAGAUCUGUUUUAUUUGUAUUGUGUCACAGAGUUUACAGAGGGAAGAAUAAAUUAAAAAAAAAAAAA